UGGUAGAAAAUGAGUAAGUAGGCAUGUAAAAAGAUUCAAUUUUUAUCUAUUCAAUUGGGACCAUUUUUUUGUGCAUUGUGCAAGCUUCUCUCCAUGAACCUUAUUUGCAUCCAAUCCCCAUUUUAUAGAUAAACUAAACAAAUAAGAGGUCAUAAGUAUAUAAUUAAAAAAUGCCAUAUGUGAGAUUGAAGAAUAUUGACUGAUAUCAAUCACCUAAAGACAAAUUUGAAUUCAAUCACUCAAGUAAUGUAGUAUUACUCUUAUUCUAAUUCUUGCAAUUCAAGCUCAGAAUAUAUUCUUAAUAUUGGCUAACUACCUUUGACUAAUAAAUUUAAGCCUCUACUUUUGCAUCAUAUAAGUAUGUAAUGUUUAUUAAAGCAACCCUAUUGAGUAGUCAUUCCACUACUUCUUUUAUUAUUGAUUUCAUUCAGGUGAAAAGUUACUGUCUUGGUUGGCUAUAUGAAAUAGCAAAAAAAAAAAACUUUGUUGCUGCUUGUUGUAAUUUUUUAUAUAUGUUGAUGAGAUUUAGAGGGGGGAAAUUGGCAUGUGAAUUAGACUGGUGAGCUCAGAGAUUGGCACAUGGCAUCUCUCAUUCCCAUGGCUUGUUGAUGUUUUUAAGAGAAUCAGUUGCAGAGAAGGACCACUGAUUAGUGUUGGGGAAACACAACAAGGUUUGUUUUUAAUUACACAAACAGUGGGAAAAGCUCUUAGAAAAUGAGAAAACCCCAGUUCCAUCAAGAAAAGCACCAGCCUACACUGCAAGAAGAGGAGAGGAGGGAGCAAGAGGUGGUGUUGAUGGGAUCACAAGAUUUGUACUCAGAGAGUGAGAGCAUGGAACAGUUCUCAUCAAGUGAAGAUCACUCAUCUGAUAUGGAGCGGAGGCUGGACUGCUCGGAUGGAUCGAUAUCAGACGAGGAGAGCCUCAUUGAGAUAGAAAUCCCAAGUGGCCAGUUUGUGUGGAGUGACAAUAAUGUCAAGUGCUGCAAAGAGUUUCAUAAGGAUUUCUGGGGAGAGAUGAAUGAGUUCAAUGAAGAGGAUGAUAACUUGAUUGAGAUUGACAUCAAGAUGGGAUUCAUCAAGUGUUGAAGGAUCAAGCAAGGGAAGGAACUCAGAUAUGUAUAUACCUCAACUUGUGUUUUUGAUCCAAUUUUAUUUGGAUUUGUAUGAGCUUUGGUCAUUAGUUGAGGUUGUUGUCUAGAGUUGAGAGAGGGAGAGAGGGAUGGAGAGUGGGUAACAGCAUGAGUGGUUUUGCUGUUUGUUUACCAAAGUGUGUAACUUUGAUCUUUUUUUUUAAUUUUUUUUAUUUCAACUAUGAUUAAGACCCUGUUACAAAAGGUAUAAGAUAUUCAAAGUUAAGUAUAUUAUAAAUUCCCUCUUUGUUUCU